AUGCACUCACAACAACAACAACAAAAUCCUCCACAUUCCCACUCAUUUACGGCAGCCCUCAAUUCGGCGGCUGUUUCCGGUGUUGGACUUGCUAAUAACAAUCUUCUUCCUCCUCUCGCAACAACAACAACAAUCCCUUCUUCUUUAGCCAUUGAUUCAUCAUUUUCAUCCUCUGGUAGCGAAUCUCCCUCAUUGUCAUUACAAACAGGGACGGCCGAUGAUUCUCUAAGUACAAUAGAAAAUCAGAGAAUUAUGCAAAUGGCUGCUGGAACGGAUACAGCCUCUACUUUGGGUGUAAAUGAUGGACCUAUAAAUUUACAAAUUUUUGUUCCCGAACUUCAAAUGCAGAAAUGUUUGUCAGUGCCAUUAGAUGAAUUUGUUUGGGAUAUAAAACAGCGUUUAUUUGAAUCAUUACCUCAACAAUUAAAUCAGUAUUUUAAUUAUGGACUUUUUCUUCCCCCCUGUGAUGGAAGGGCUGGCAAAUUUUUGUUAGAUGAUAGACCUUUACGUGAUUAUCCUUUUCAUGAUUGUGCUCCUUAUGUUGAGUUAAAAUUCAAGAAAAGGGUCUAUAAAAUGUUACGAUUAGAUGAAAAAACACUUCGUUCUGUCCACUCAAAAAGUAAUUUACGUAAAUUCUCUGAGGCUGUACAAAAUAAAAAUAUUCAAAAAUUGGAUCGUUUAUGUCAACAAGGAUUGGAUCCAAACUUUCACGAUUCCCAUGGAGAAACUCCCCUUACUUUGGCUUCUGGUAUUCCUGGAAGUCAGCAAGUAAUUGUUCAGUUGGUUGGUGGUGGUGCUCAUUUAGAUUUUAGAAAUACUGAGGGGCAGGUAAAUGAAUGUUUUAUUACAGGAAUGCAUAAAGCAGCAUUUCUCUCUGUUGCUGAAAAUGUUCGUGUUUUGCUUGAAUUGGGUGCUUCUCCAAAUUAUAAAGAUUUAAUUGGAUUAACUCCUCUUUAUUAUAAUAUGCUUAAUGCUGAAUCUAAUGCAGAAGUGACAGAAAUGUUGUUAGCUGAGGCAGCUGAUUUGGAUAUUGUUGAUAUGCAUGGAAAUACAGCAUUACAUCAGGCAAUAUUUUCAAAAUUUUUUUCCAAAAAUUUAUUUUUAAAGGCUUGUAAAAACGGACUUUGUAAACAUACAGAACAAUUAAUUUAUUAUGGGGCAAAUAUAGAUGCCCGUAAUAUUAACGGGAAUACUCCCCUUCACGUUUGUGCAGUCAAUGGACGUGUAGAAUGUGCUCAAUUAUUGUUAUAUAGAGGUGCUGAUCCUUCUUUAAUUAAUGGAAAUAAUCAAACUGCUGUACAAGUUGCCCAAAUUGUUGGGAAUAUGGCUGUAGCUAAUGUUAUUCUUGGUCAUUCCCCUCAGAGUGUUGGUAAGGAAAAUUAUUUUUUUAUUUUUAAAAUUGUUCAAAAGCCAAUCCAAAGUUUUUUUUUAUAA